AGCAGUCACUCCCCCAGCCCAACAGCAGCAUCAGGAAGCGGCAGUGUUCAUCUGUAAAACAAAUGUGCAAGUUGUAUUUGUAAGACCGCCCUCAGGCACGACACUGGAACCGGUUUUACAUCCAGGAGAGACAAACCACACACCGACAUGGAGCACCGAGGACAUCCUCUUCACGAGUACUCCGUGCACCGUCAGGUUCUGGAUGAGUUGGGUCUGGAUGAGCUGGGGCAAAAAGGGAACUGGUCCACGGAGCCGACCUUCACUCAACGUCUGAGAGGCUCCACGAGAUGCUCAGUGGCCCGUGUGAAGGAAAUCGUGUUGAACCGGGUGCCCGUUCUUGCCUGGCUGCCGACAUACCCCAUCAGAGAAAAUGCAGUCGGGGACCUGAUCUCUGGCUGCAGUGUGGGCAUCAUGCAUCUACCGCAGGGCAUGGCAUAUGCUCUUCUAGCUUCUUUGCGCCCUGUGUUCGGCCUGUACACCUCACUUUACCCAGUACUGGUCUAUUUCAUCUUUGGCACUUCCAGACACAUCUCUAUUGGUACUUUUGCAGUGAUCAGCAUUAUGAUUGGGAGUGUGACAGAGCGACUUGCUCCCGACAGUAACUUUCUAGUCAAUCGUACAAAUGGGUCAGGAAGUGUAAAUGUUGAUGAGCGGGAUGCUUACAGAGUACAGGUUGCCUGCUCACUCACAGUCCUGGCAGGGUUGUUUCAGAUCCUGUUGGGAGUGGUGAGGUUUGGUUUUGUGGUCACCUACUUGUCUGAGCCACUGGUCCGAGGCUAUACCACAGCGUCAGCGUGCCAUGUGUUAUGUUCCCAGCUCAAAUACUUGUUUGGAGUUGCUCCAGCGCGCUUCUCUGGUCCUCUCUCACUCAUUUACACUGUGGUUGAAAUAUGCCGCUUGCUACCUCUGACGGUGAUACCGGAGCUGGUAGUGAGUCUGGUAGCGCUCACUGUUCUCAUUGUGGUCAAAGAACUUAAUGGGUGCUACAGGCAGAAGCUGCCCCUGCCCAUCCCCAUAGAACUCAUAGUGAUCAUAGCAGCAACAAUCAUCACUCAUUAUUGCGGCCUUUCUGCUAAAUAUGAAAUUGAUGUUGUCGGGGAGAUCCCGAGUGGGCUGAAGCCCCCCCGAGCUCCAGACGUGACGCUGUUCUCUGCGGUGAUUGGAGACGCUUUUGCUGUGGCCAUCGUGGGCUACGCCAUCACUAUUUCUCUUGGGAAAACAUUUGCUCUCAAACAUGGCUACAAGGUGGAUAGCAACCAGGAGCUGGUUGCUCUCGGACUUAGCAACACGGUCGGGGGCUGUUUUCAGUGUUAUUCCGUGACUUGUUCAAUGUCCCGAAGCCUUGUUCAGGAGAGCACCGGGGGAAAAACACAAGUUGCAGGACUGAUUUCUUCCUUCAUCGUUCUGAUUACGGUCUUAAAAAUAGGAUCUCUCUUUGAAGCGCUCCCAAAGGCUGUCUUAUCCACAAUAGUGUUUGUGAACUUAAAAGGAAUGUUUAAGCAGUUCAUGGACGUGCCAAUGCUUUGGAAGACCAACAAGGUUGAUUUGCUUGUGUGGCUGGUAACAUUCACAAGCACGAUUCUUCUUAACUUGGACUUGGGUUUGGCUGUCUCCAUUGGCUUUUCGAUGCUCACCGUUAUCUUCAGAACCCAGCUGCCACGCUAUUCAAUCUUGGGCCAAGUGCCAGCCACCAACUUAUAUUUGGAUGUAGACACAUACAAAGAGGCUAAAGAGAUUCCAGGAAUUAAAAUCUUCCGUUCUUCCUCAACUAUCUACUACACUAAUGCUGAGAUGUACAUGGAGGCCUUACAAGAAAAGAGUGGCAUUCAAAUAGGGAAGCUACUCGGCGAGAAGAAAAAACAAGCUUCAACACUGAAGCAACAGGAACAUAAGAAAGACAAAAAUGAGCCAAACCAGCAACAGAGGGUCAAUAAUGUACCCAACGGCACAUUCUCAUUGGUAGAAAAUAACAUCUCUGCAGAAGCGGAAGGACAUCCUUUUAAGAGUGGUGUAGCUUUGAAGCUAACAGAAUCUCCAGCUCAUGGGUCCAGUAAAGGCCAAGUGAACUGGGCUUACCAAUCAGACACAAUGCCUGACUCGACUUCCAAGACUAGAUCCGAGUAUUACGAAGCUGGUCAGGCUUCCAAAGACAGCGAUGACAAAAAAGGACAUGUCGACGAAGCCGGGCCUCACAGCAUCAUCUUGGACCUCUCAACGACCAGCUUUGUGGACACUGUUGCCGUGAAGACCUUGAAAAAUAUCUUCAGGGAUGUAAGUGAAAUUGGUGUGGAAGUCUAUGUCGCUGCUUGCCAAGCCUGUGUGGUGGAGCAGCUGGAAACAGCAGGUUUCUUCUCAGAGUCCAUCCCGAAGAGCAAACUGUUUGUCACCAUUCACGAUGCAGUGCUUCACAUCCUAAAUAAAGUGGGACAGAUAGACGUCAUUCUUGACGUUUCCUACAACACCAAAAUGUGACCACCAGAGGACAGCCUGUUCCCGUCCAGCAUCUUCCCCUCCCUGCUGCUCUUGAAAUGAUGGAGUUCCAUUGCUCACAAUUGGUCCACCUUGUCCCCUCCCCCUAUACAAGGAGAAAGUCCACCACCUCAACAUGGCAGCACAAUCGCCAUGGAAAUGCAUGGAGCCGUUGCUCCGACAACAAGCUUUUUGUUAUAUUGUCUAAUGAGAUGAACCAGCUUCUGUCACUGUAGCUCUCACAUUCUCUGUGAGAGAAAGAGAGGGGUUGAGUGGGAGAAUUCAAUACUGGAGUAAUAGCGCUAUAUAUUUAUAGCCCGUGUGAGACUAAAGAGAAGUCAAAAUGGCACUGAUAGUUCUGGGUCUCUCAGACGAGUCAAAUGUCCUCAUUAUACAACUCGAGUAUUUGUAAUUCAUACAGUCUUGUCACAAUAUGUGGAGGAUA